AUGGCCGAUAAUCGUUUCAGACUCUACUCAGCCUCUGUUAUCUUGCUUUUAGGGAUUAUUAGUUCAUCAUUCAACUUGCAGGGUAUUGCAGCAGAAAAUCUUUCCAACCAGAAACUGACCUCACGGAUUCUUCAGAAUGAGAUUGUGAAGAAAGUCAAUGAGAAUCCAGACGCUGGGUGGAAAGCUGCUUAUAAUGAUCGAUUUGCUAACGCCACCGUUGCAGAAUUCAAGCGCCUCAUGGGUGCUAAACUAACACCAAAGAAAGAAUACUUGGGUGUGCCUGUUGUAAGCCAUGACAGAUCUCUAAAGCUUCCAAAAGAAUUUGAUGCUAGAACCGCUUGGUCACAGUGCACCAGUAUUGCAAGGAUCUUAGGUCAGUUUUUAAUCUCUCUGCUUCUACUAUCUCUGGUCACUGUGGCUCUUGCUGGGCAUUUGAAUAUUUCUUUAUCUGUCAAUGAUCUCUUAGCAUGUUGUGGAUUCCUUUGCGGUCAAGGUUGUAACGGUGGAUACCCAAUUUCUGCCUGGCGCUACUUUAAGCACCACGGUGUAGUAACCGAAGAGUGUGAUCCGUACUUUGACCAAACGGGUUGCUCUCACCCGGGAUGUGAACCCGCAUACCCUACACCAAAAUGUGUGAGGAAAUGUGUUAGCGGAAACCAACUUUGGCGUGAGUCAAAGCACUUCGGUGUUAGCGCAUACAAAAUCAAAUCUGACCCUCAUGACAUUAUGGCAGAGGUUUACAAGAACGGACCUGUCGAGGUGGCCUUUACCGUUUACGAGGACUUUGCGCAUUACAAAUCAGGAGUGUACAAACACAUAACAGGCGAUAACAUUGGAGGUCAUGCUGUUAAGCUUAUUGGUUGGGGAACUUCUGAUGACGGUGAAGAUUAUUGGUUGCUUGCAAAUCAAUGGAACCGAAGCUGGGGUGACGAUGGUUACUUCAAGAUCAAGAGAGGAACAAACGAAUGUGGCAUCGAACACGGCGUUGUGGCUGGUUUACCUUCAGAUAGAAACGUAUUUAAAGGUAUUACUACCACUUCAGAUGAUCUUCUGGUUUCCUCAUUCUAA